UUUUAGUGGCAGCAUGGCUCAAUACUAGUGUUGACGCCAUAAGCAGUAAUGAACAAACACAAAAUACCUUUCGUCAAAAAGUUUGGGAAUAUUUUAUGCAGUACAAUACAUCCGGUACCACACGCACUGUUAUCUCCUUACUAAGUCGUUGGGGUACGAUUAGUGAAAAGACAAAUAAGUUUGCCGGGUGUAUGGCUCAAAUUAACGCACUUCAUCAAAGUGGUAUAACCGAAGAAGAUAAGAUUAUCAAUGCGAAGGCUUUGUAUUUAGAGAAGUACAAGAAACCCUUUCUUCUUGAUCAUUGUUGGCUCAUGUUAAAGGACCAACCAAAGUUUGCCGAUCCUAAUAAUGCUAGAUCGAGAUCAUAUGUGCCUCCAACUUCAGAGCCAAUAUCUAUUAGUGAAGGGGAUUGUGGGUCCGGACUUGGUGACACUUCUAACUUGGAGAGACCUAUUGGUAGGAAGGCCGAAAAGGCUAUUCAAAAGAACAAAGCCGCCGGAAAAGAUGUAGGGGAAUAUUUGAACAAAAAAUUGAAAUUGAUUGAGGAUGUAACUCGGUUGGAAGAGGAAAAAAUGUCUUUUGAGAGGGAAAAACUUGCAAUUGAAAAGGCAAGUAGGGAAGAAAAACUUAAGAUUGAGAAGGAAAGAAUGAUUAUUGAGAAGAAAAAAUGUGAGCGAGAAGAAAGGUUAGAGGAAGAGAGAAUCAUGAUGAUAGAUACAAGUGGCUUAACCGGAGCACAAAAAGCUUUUUAUGAACAACUCCAAGAGGAAAUCAUGGCAAAACGAAGAUCAUGUAAUUAAUGAGUUUAAUUGUAUUUUGGAUGUAGUUUAGACUUUUAUGUAUUUUGUAGUGGUUUAUGUAUUUUGUA